AUGGCACUUGUUGGCGCCAACUACUCGUUCAUAUACGUAAAUGUUGGCUGUCAGGGACGUAUUUCCGAUGGUUGUAUGUUCAAAAACACUGACUUAUGGAAAAGUUUGGUAAAUAAAUCACUAAAUCUACCUCAACCUAUAAAUUUACCUAGUAAAGAUAUUCCUAUACCAUACAUUAUUGUGGCUGAUGAUGCAUUUGGGUUCAGUGAGAAUAUACUAAAACCAUAUCCAGGACACCAUAUGAAAGUAAGUAAAGAAAGAAUUUUUAAUUAUCGAUUAAGCUGA